AUGACGCCCAGUCCCCUAGAUGAAGCGCUUCACUUUCGUGGAAAGACUUUGACUCCGGAAAGCCCCCGUCCGUUACAUAUCCCGGAGCCAUCCAAUAUCCCGGUCCUUGAGAAUCAGAUGGACCCGGUCUUCAACGAUACCUCGACUUAUGAACGUUCGGUAUAUAUACAACCCCCUCAAACACAUGAUGACUACCAGUGGUCAGGGUUAGAGUUUCAGGGUCGUGGAGGCCAGGUGCAGGAUUCAGGUAGAUUGCGUGGCUCGUUGCCAGGGGACCCUGUGAUGAUGAAUGAGAUGCCUGUUUCGACAGACUUAUACCAUUCCCACCCACCCCUGGAGCAAUCUGGGGAGGUGUCCAUGAAUUCCUAUUCUCAACCUAUCCAUACCCAUGCGCCUCCGGUCCUUCCGGUCCAUCAGGGCUUCGCCACUGCGAGCGAAGUAGACAACGCGGGCAACCGGGACAAUGGUUCCCAGUUACCAGAGCGCUUAGAUGAGAGCAAGGAGGGUGCGGGGUCGGGAACAACUGGUGUCAAUUUUCAGACUUUACUAGACAAUUUGUCCCAUCCUCCUACAAUGACCUUCGAAGCUACUACCUUAGCUGAGAGUUCGUCUCUCCACCAAGCACUCUCUGACGACUCUUUCCAAUCCCAGGGCCUCCCUACUCGGCCCCAAGACCCUUCUACUACCCAACCUAAUUAUACAUCCCAUGGCGUUGCAACGUAUCAUCAAAAUCCUGCAGGCCCUGUCACUUCUUCUGCCUACCCUACGCAAUCCAGUAACAAUGCCCAGCCUCAUCCUCAAUCCAUGGCCCCGGGCGGAGCCCCGGGGACUGUUCCCGGUGCACCCUCCCUGUCUCCCCCACCUAUUGCCAGUUUCCAGCAAACCCCUUCCACAGGCGGCGAGUCGCAGACCUCUCAGGAUGGGCCCCAAGCAUCAAGGAAACCCCGUAUCGACAAGCAGGCAGGAAGGCCUAUUAAGCCUGCAGAUGAUGAUGCUCCAUGGGGGCCAGAAGUUCAAAAGAAAUAUGAUGAGUUCCUUCAUGAUGAACGAGUUUACGUGACAGAGGGACUUUGGGAUCGAUUUCCGGUCGGAUCGCGAGCGACUUUAUUGACUGGAAAUGUUCUAGGCAAUCUCCCCACCGAGAGAGUCACAAAACGAGACAUGUUCCACAUUUUCCACCAAUAUGGCAAGCUUGCCCAGAUUUCGAUCAAGCAGGCUUACGGUUUUAUACAAUUCCUAGAGGCGGACGCCUGCCGUGCGUCAUUACAGGCCGAACAAGGGGCUUUGGUUCGAGGCAGAAAAAUACACCUCGAGAUUUCAAAGCCACAACGUUCUACCCGCCCCGCGCCCGCGGAACCAUCUCGCGCACCCCCGCCUCGACGCUCAAGAUCACCAGAGUUCAGCCGCUCUGGCCCUGCCCGAGCUAAUCCACGUUCCUCGGGUGACCGAUACGAUCGACCUUAUGAGCCGAGCCGACUCCCGUUCAGCGAUUUUCGGGAUGACAUGUCCCAUCGCAGACGAGAUGAUUACCGUCCUCCACGGUCGCCUUCUCCCCGUCCCAUGAGAACCAGAGACGGGUACCGAUCGCGGGAUCGGACUCCAGAGCGAUUUGAUCGCCGUGAACGCCGGCGUUCUCGGUCACCACGAUCACCUCGUUCUCCUUACGCAAGAGACCGUCGGUACCGUAGCCCCAGUCCUAGGCCUCGAGGCGUCUACGAGGGAGAAGCCGACCUUCCUGUUCCUCGCAGAGCACCCCGCGACGUCCCAGAGGUCCAAGUUCUUGUGCUAGAGGAAGUUGAUCGUAACUUCAUUCUCCAUGUCGAGAACGCCUUUCGCAAUCGUGGCUUGCGGGUUGAUGUCCUAGUGCUUGGCCCUCGCAUCCCACUCGGCGCCGCAGUUCAUCGUCAAUAUGUUGAAGGUGUCCUUGCGGUUGUCCGGCUCUCUCGGCCCAAUCAAUUCUCCCGCAAGAUCCCUCUUCAAAUCUUCGAUCGAAGCGCAGGGCCAGGCAAUGUCCGCUUCAGUGACUAUCCUGAAGUUGACCCAAACAUUGCUGCUGAGCUCAUAUUUCACCAAGCCCAUGCCAUGCAGCGUGGUCCUGCUCCGACGUCUUUCGUACCUAAUCCUGCUUUCGGCGUUGCCCCUGUACCAGCGGUGCCAAUGCCGCAGCCUAUUCUUCCUACACUGACCAAUCCUCCCAACAUUGCGAAUUUGAUCGGUUCUCUGGAUGGGCCCAGUCUCCAAUCUCUCUUCAACAGCGUCCAGCCCCCCCAAUCACAGCCUGUUUCGACUACUCAAUCCCCCUUUGCCUCACCUAAUCCACCCCCUCCAGCCGACCUGGCUAGUCUUUUGACUAAUGCGAGUCGACCCGUUCCGCUCCCACAACCUCACCAACAACCUAUCCCUCCCCCUCCAUUCCAUCUUCAGCCUCCACAUGCGCCUGUUGUUUCCGACCCACAUUUGCUUUCUAUACUUGCCAAGGGUCUUGGAAAUCAACAGCCGCAGGGCCAACCUGUUAUCGGUUCUAAUGUGCAAAACUUGAUGAAUCAGUUGGCCAAGUGGAAGCAAUGA